CAGAAUACAGAACUGCCAUAACUCUUCACAUAUCAAAAUCAAUCAUUUCCCUUCCACAAAAACUCUCUCUGAAUCUCGAAAAUGGCGAACGGAUGUGAGAUCUGCUGCGAGAUUCUCAUCGCCAUCCUCAUUCCUCCUCUAGGAGUUUGCCUCAAAUUCGGCUGUUGCACGGUGGAAUUUUGUCUGUGUUUGAUUUUGACUCUUCUCGGUUACAUUCCGGGGAUCAUUUACGCACUCUACGCAAUCGUCUUCGUCGAUCGUGACCAGUUCUUUGAUGAGUACAGACGUCCGCUCUAUGCGCCGGCGUCGACAGUGUAGUUUGAAUUUCUUGAUCUCGGUUUUAACUUUUGGAAUAAGGUUUUUCAAAUUGGUUCUUCGAUCUUAUGUAGUUUUUGGAUAAUGGAUUGGCUUUGAUCUACUUAGAUUUGUGAGGCUUUCUCUUUCUUGAUUUGAUUGGAUUUGGAUUUUGUUUAGAGUGUAUGGAUGUGUGGUUAUGAACUUACAUAGAACAACUAAGAACUUUUGAAUAA